AUGUCUCUCAUGUUGGAAGCAGGCAAGACAUAUACCCCGCGCGAGGAUAAAUCGACAGCGUGGGGAGAGUCCGAGAAACACCAUCUAUUCUUCUUUGAUCGAUUCUGCAUCGCCAUAGACCGCACCGAACUUCUCCCGAGUCUGCGCUCAGCAGAGUACGAGCUGUUGCUCGUCGGCCUCCAUUCUCAACGCGACCUCAAGUCCAAGCCCAGCAGAAGUAGCCGUUGUAGCAGUAGUAGUGCCGCUUCGACAACAACUUCCCAAGGCAUCUGGGCCAACAUCUUCCAACACUCACCAACAAACGACCCUCUCGAAAUCUCCACACGCCUCAUGCCCGACAUAGAGCUGGAUCUCAAGCGCACCUUCUCCGCCAUCGAAAAAUGGCGACAACCAAUGGACCUCAGCGUCCGACGACCCCAACUGACCAGAGAGCGCCACUCGAUACUCACUAGCCGCCUCCUGUACCACAUCUCGCUACUCGCAUCCACGCGGAAAGCCCUGCUGCACGCCUUCGCAAUCCUCAAGCUGCUGACGGACGAUGGUGAAUCGUCAGCAUCAUCAGCAUCAUUACCUCAACCAGCAUCAGCAGCCGGCGUCAGCGGCGACAGCGACGACAAUCGCACAACCGAAUCGCUCACCUUCUACCACCGCGGAAACAAUACAGAACUGCUGAGCGAGUGCGCGCAGAUCUACCGCCAGAUUAGUCCUGGGUGGAGAAUGGUGUCCUCGUUCGCGGCGGCUGCAUCGCCCAUGGCAGCUCGACCAUUUCCGUUACUUCAGCGAGAUUGA